UCUCAACGGCAAAACGCUCAAGUUUGUAGAGAAAUUGAUAAUUUACCAGUAGUUAACUAUACCAUUUUACUAUUCUUAGAUUUAAUUUGAAUUUUCUUUAAAAUACUUCGGAUAGAUUGUAUUGUCAAAAUGAUAAAUCUAACUUAUUACAAUGUCUUACCGUUGUUCACGAAUUAUAUCGGUACACGAUACCCUAUGAAACUGUACCUGUCGGUAUAUUUCAAAUACACCAGCAAAAAUAGAUAGAUGUCGUUAGUAUAGAAUCAAGCAAUGUGAAUAUAUACCUAAUUGAACUGAAAUACAAUUUCAAAUUAAUAUAUUAUGGUAUUCUUACGAAAUGUGCAAGAAAAAAUUGAUUUUAAUUGUGUGUUAUUCUAAUAACAAGAAACCUGCAGUAACGAUUCUUAUGUGAAGAUUCAUCGGCAACAGGUAUUUCUCUCAGCACAGUUGCAUGAAUGCCACCUGAAGUUCGUUCAAGUGUUUAGAUACAAGCAACAAGCCAUGUGGUCGGCGUUUGGUUUGGUUAUUUAAAAUAACCUUUAUAACACGUGUUAUUAUCAAAGUAUUAUUUUUUUACGGUGAAUUUAUACGUUCUAGUGUUAUUAAUGCAUGGGGUAUAUUAUCCCAAGCGUAAUUAUAAAAUAUACCAGUUCUUUACGAGUCGAGCAACAAAAUGCAGAUGAAAUUAAGUGCGCGGCGUUCGGCUGCAGGUAUCGAUGUUAUAGAAGUAGACGAUUUAGUUCUAACGAGAAAAGGCGGAGGUAGUAUAAUUGAUCAACGACCACUCUUCUCUCACGAUGGAGAAACAUUGUAUAUCGUGUGGAAACACGUUAUAAGGGCUUACAGCACGCAAACUGGAGACUUUGUAAGAGAAUUAGAACCAGCAAAUCAUCGAAUAGCAGGAUUAAUCGUACAUCCUGAGAAUCCCAACAUUGUCAUUGCUUGUACAGAGAAUGGGGAACUGAAUUUUUGGAGUUGUCAAAGUGGCAUUAUCACUAAAAAAUUAAAAUUAAAAUUUCAAGAAGAUCCUAAAGUAAAAACAUUUCAUAUUGUUAAUUAUAAGACACAUAAAGGAAAUGAGCUACGCCAAGUGCUUAUAACUUAUAUUUCUAAAUGUUGUACAAAAAUCUAUGUAGCAUUAUUUGAUCUAGACACUGGAGUCUGCACAAAAUCCACGUGUAUAUUAAUCGAUUCUCAUGAAUAUUAUGUUGAUAUAAUUGGAAAUCAUGGAGAUAAUUUAAUAGCUGUUCUUCAUGACCUAGACUUACAUAUAUUAAAUCCAGCAAGGAAUCUUAUUGAUAAACAACACAAAACUGGAAAAACGGGUAGGAUACCAACAUGUAUUGCUGGACACCCAGAAGAAGAAUGUGUCGCCACAGGAGAUUCAACUGGUCGUGUAGUAGUGUGGAAGAGUUUGUUUCAAACAAGACCUUAUACAGGAGUCUAUCAUUGGCACACAUUACCAGUGACAGAAAUAGCAUUCAGUAAAUCAGGUGGACAUAUGUAUACUGGUGGAGGAGAGUGUGUACUAGUAAAAUGGGUUUUAGCUAAUCCACAGCAAAAAUCAUUUCUUCCUCGGUUACCAGCACCUAUUAAACACCUGACUAUUGCUCCAGAUAAUUUAUAUGUUGCUGUUUCUACUUUAGAUAAUGGUAUUGUAGUUGUAAAUCCGCAAAAAAAGUUGACGUCCGUAAUACAAAAUUUCACAUGGGGUGUAGCUUUAUCUUCUCAGGAAUUAUUUCCUGCUGGUCUUGUCGUCGAUCCACGUACAAAUUGUCUUGUUUUGAAUAGCCGUACCGGACACGUUCAGUUUUAUAAUACCCAUACAAAAAGUUUAUUGUACAAUGUAAAUAUUACAGCACAGAAUUUUUUAACCCAAGAACGUAGUUUAAUUAUUGUAAACACAGAAGUUACAAAAAUAGCUUUAAAUCACGACGGCACGUGGAUGGCAACUGUCGAGGAACGAAACGAUAAAUUAUCUUGCGUAGAAGUAAGACUCAAGUUUUGGAUGUUCGACGCUAAACAACAAUUGUUUACAUUGAACACAUCAAUCGAACUACCUCACGAGGGGGGUAUCAAUGCUUUACAUUUCCAACCGAGUACUCCGUUCGACGAAGAGGAAGCGUUAGCAAUUACGACUGGUCGUGACAAAAAAUUCAGAUUGUGGCAUCUUAUCGAAUCUUCAUCGACGAAUAAAAAAACAAAACAUUGGCAGUGUCAUAGUAUAGGAGAUUAUAGAAAUUUGUCUGUAACGGAUGCUGGUUUCUCGAUAGAUGGUUCAUUAGUUGGUAUUGGUUUUGAUUCUAGCGUGACGAUGUGGACACCUGACACCUGCACGUUUAAAUGUAGUCUUACGCAUAGUCAAUAUCAAUAUCCAGUGACACGAAUCGAAUUUGGAAGACAAGAAGCUUGUCACCUCGUAGUAGCCGCUUCCACACAACAUAUCGCUGUGUGGAAUAUUUUAUCCCUUACGUUAGUAUGGAGUGUGCCUUUGAAAGUUGCGACUCUUGCAGCCGAUUCAAAAUCCACCUACAUGGCCGUUUUUACAACCGAUAAUUCCCUGUUUGUAUUCACACCGCAAAAACCAUCUCCCGUUUACACGAGACCAAGUGUUAUCGAGAAUAAUUGUUCCAUCUUGGGAGCUACUUUCGUGCCACAUCUACAAGAGAAGCGAGAUUCGUCACAUAGGCACUGGCAACGGAAAUCACAACUUUUCUUUUUGGAUUCUAAUCAAGAAUUGUUAACAUUAGAACCAGAAUCCGAAGUAACAAUUUCUCUCGAAACUCUAUCCACGAGUGCCACGGUACCCAGUACGGCUUUCGGAAGUAUGAUAGCAGCGAAAACUACGUCCAGCAAGGAAACGGCGACUCCGUUCGUGCACGAACAAUUAGGCGUAUCGGGAAAGGGAAUGGUCGAAGAACUCCUCAGCGUCUCAGCCCACACUUUGCCGCAUAUGAAAAUGCUUUGUACAUCGUUCAUUAACUCUUUAUUGAUGUCAUCGACAUCGAAAGCUCAGUCAGCGGAUGACAAGAACGACAGGGAUGAUAGGAUGAAUAACAUAGGGGAAUCGACAGACGACAGCGACGAUGAGUUCAUACGACCAGAGAAAUCUGUAUCGUCACCUGUCGUUGAAAACAAUAUUGCAGAUGAAACAAAAGUAACGGUCGUCGACCGUAAUUGGUCUUUCCUAGCGACCAUACUUCCAGACCAAGAAACCAUCAAUGAUUAAUUAUAAAAAAAAAAUAGAUAAUAUUAUUUUUCCCCGAUUAAGCCCCUGACAAUUAGAGUUAAUUUUAUCGCAUCUUUAAAAUAUUUAUAUGAAAAUGUAAUAUUCAAUGAAAGUUCGUCCAAUAGAAUUGAAUUCUUUUAACUCGUGCAACUCUCAUUGUCAGCGGCUCAAUUGUCUACAAAAGGAAAUAAAGAAUCAUGAAAACCC